AUGUUUCUCAAGGCUGUGAUUGCUCUUGUCGCUAUUUCUGGCGUGGCUAAUGCCGGUACCAUCAAGAGAGGCUCUGCUGCGUAUUACAACCCCAAUACUGGCGCCACUAACAUGAAGGCUUAUGUCGUUGGUGGAACUGCUUAUGAACCUGUCAACGUUAUUGUUAGCGGUCUUAGCGCUGGUGCUGUGUCCAACUCUAACGAUGCUGUUAAAGGAGGUAUCCUCUCUUGGUUGCAAGCUAUCAACUUUGACAAGGAGUGUUUAGGUCUUCAUGCUGGUGACUAUCAAGGAUUUGAUUCUGGCGAUGGCCGUGGCUUCGUUAAUCAAACCUUCAUCUACCGUCAAAACUAUGACGACCCAAGCGGCGUUGGCUCCUGCACUGAAUCUCUUAUUGGAGGACAACAUGUUCGUGGUUACUAUCAAACUACGUCUGGUGCUUGGUUCCUUGGAGCCAGUCAAGAAGAACCUGCCACUGAGAGUCACAACAUCGUGCCUAAUGGAUAUGAUCUUGGACGUAACUACGUUGCCAAGAAUGCUUUGGUUGGUGGUAAAGGCUUCGAUGGCUGCGUCUAUGGUCCUGCAACUGUUGUAGACAUUACUGGUUUGGUUGCUGCGAAUGAUGGUAGCGGAUAUAACCACGAUAUUGGUACCGAUGGAAUUGUCAAGCUUAUUACUGUUCCUGCCCCAACUGGUUGUUAA